AUGGCAGGAGAUGUAGCGCAAUGUAUUGCCCGAGGGUCGAAUUUCCGAUUCGAGGACUUAUACACAUUAAUUUACCAAUGGGAUCACAAACGAGUACUGUCAGAAAACAACCGAUAUACUUCCUUUAAACCAAAAAAGUUCGAACUAAACAUUAAUUACCGUUCCCACAGAGGGAUCCUUCAACUAGCAUCAUCAGUAAUUCACCUCCUCAAAGAAUUUUUUCCUAAUUCUAUUGGCAAACUGUCACCUGAAUUCAGUGAAAUCGGUGGUCCUCAACCUAUUAUCUUUGAGGAUUGUCAGGCAGAAACUCUAUUUGCCUUAAGAAAUAAUAUCGAAAACGCAAAUGCAUUUAUUAAAUUUGGGGCUGAUCAGGUCAUUAUCGUACGUAAUGAAAAGGCUAAACAGCGUGUGAAGGAUUUAAACAGCAAUAUUGGGUUGGUUUUAACUGUGUUCGAGGCUAAAGGGAUGGAGUUUAAUGAUGUGCUAUUGUAUGAUUUCUUUACCGAUUCGCCCGCACUUUUAAAUUGGCGAGUGAUUCUUUCCGAAUUGGAUGACUAUUCUGGCGGAAUUCGCGAAUUCAUUCCUGAUAAGCAUUAUAUCCUUUGCUCGGAAUUUAAACAUCUCUAUGUCGCCAUAACCAGAGCCAGAGAACGUCUAUGGAUUUUUGAUGAAGAUUCUGAGAAGAUCAAGUAG